CUUUUUUGUUCUGGAUGACAUCUGUUCAGGCGAAGACGAACUGCGCAAAUUCCGACGCAACUUAGUCGAAAAGCUACCCCAAGGGAAAAUCUUCGAAGGUUGUGCAAAUAUGCUCCGAAGCUUGGACACACAAUACUUGGAGUUCUGCUCAGACAAGAUCACAAGUGGUUUGAUUAAUCAUAUGAGCUCCACCGCCUUGGAGUACGAAACCACAGGAAAGUUCUCUUUCCUCCAAAAAUCCCCCAACUUUCCUCAAUAAUUCAGAUCUAUGACAGGAAACCCGGAAGCGUUCGUAUACCUUAUUCUAUCCAAGGAUAUUUGCCCUGGGCACGGUGAGACCCUGAAUGUGUUCAUUCAGGCAGUCCCAGAGCUCAUUAAUUUCACAAACAAAGUCAAUGACCUCCUUUCGUUUUAUAAGGAGUCAGUCAUAUCUUCUGAAAGGAAUGGAUAUGUUUACCACCGAGCUCAGGCAAGCCAAGUCACCAUACCGGAUUGCCUAAAUGGCCUAGUCGAUGAGAUCCACGAAAAUAUCCGUCGCGUCGAAGAUAUUGUAGCUGAUAAUCCGAAAUUGCGCGAAGUUGUCCACUCCUAUAUGCGUGGUUAUAUUGGAUUCCACAUCAUCGCCUCGAUAUAAAAUUGGUGAGCUGGAGAUACCAUGCUUGAGCACGCAUUGAAACCUUCGGCCAGGAUUGAUCCAGUUCUCACGUGUGCACCGCGCAAUAUGAAGACUCUUCUCGUCUUACCAAGCCCCGUUAGAUAUUCUCUACUGAUCCAUUUGUCUGAACAUCGACUGCGGAUGUACUGAAUUCGGGGCCUUAUGGUUAUAUAGCAAAGUGCUCGUGAGCCAUCAAAUAUGAAG